UUCUAUUAAGUUGUGUAUUUUAUUUAGUUUUUUAGUUUAGUUUGUGUUUAUCUCUUCGAUUUCUGAUGAAUGCGAAAAUGUACACGACAAACUGCUUCGGAUAACCGUUCGUUGAUGCGAGAUCGAUGGCUUUCGUCUGAUUUGUGACGUUCUUGUGUCGAUUGCUUCUGACUGCUGCUCAUUGAAUGAACAUGGCGGCGACUCCAGUAACAAAUCCGUCACAGCUGCUCCCACUUGAGCUUGUGGACAAAUGUAUCGGCUCCCGAAUUCACAUCGUCAUGAAAACGGAUAAAGAAAUCGUCGGCACCCUGCUGGGUUUUGACGACUUUGUCAACAUGGUCCUGGAAGAUGUGACUGAAUUUGAAAUCACACCAGAGGGACGGAGGAUAACCAAACUGGACCAAAUCCUUCUCAAUGGCAAUAACAUCACCAUGCUCAUUCCUGGAGGAGAAGGUCCUGAAGUAUGAGUUGAGAAUCAUCACCGAAGGCUGAGGCAGAUUUGUGUUGUGGAUUUAUGCUCUUCCUAUGUUGUUCCUUACUUUAUCAUGUUAUUGGUCUUCCCCUUCUUGAUUUUGAAGGAGGGAAAUAUUUUUGUAAGAUUCCUAAUUGAGUAUUUGUUAACAAAAUGGUUAAAUGACAAGUGGAUCACACAUGAAAAAAAAAACCCUUUUUCUUUUUACAAAUAAAAAAAAAAAAGUC